AUGGUGGAUAAAGGGUUUGGUUUGGAAUUAGAGUAUUUGUCGAGGGCAUCUGCUCAUGUUGUUGGGAAAAGUAGGAGUGGGAUAGUGUACAAGUUGGUGGUGGGUGGAGGUGUCAAGGGGGGAGGAGCAGGUGUGGGUGGUCCAGUGGUGGUUGCAGCGAGACGUUUCUGUGAGGAAGACGCCACGUGGGGGUUCAAGGAGUUAGAGAGCGAAAUGGAAGCCAUGUUCAGGGUUCAACAUUGUAACAUUGCGAGGUUAAGGGCUUAUUACUAUGCCAGUUAUGAGAAGUUGCUGGUUUCUGAUUUCAUCUGCAAUGAAAGCCUGUACUGUGCACUACAUGUUGCUGCUGCUAAUGGUGUGGUGUUUAAGCCCCUGCAGGUUGUUUCCGAUACUGGAAGAGAGGUUCUCGAGGCAAUGGGUUUAAAGUGGCGCCAGCCAGAUUUUGGUAGAUCUGUGUUAGGCAACCCUUGCUUGGACAGAGCCUAG